AAUAUCAAUAUUCCCACAAAGUCCACGGCAUCAGUCACGACUCACUGAGUCAUCAUCACCGCCGACUGAUGCCACUCAAACAAUGAGAUGACGACGACGACGCGAAUGGCGAUUCUAAACCCGUUGCUGCUGCGUACAGUUUCGUUCCUCUGCGCUCGAGUCCACCACCGACGCCUGGGCCUCGGGCUUGCGGUCCCGAGCGGCAGGGCGUGGUGUAGCGGGGCGAGCGAGUCGACUCGGCCGGAGAGUCUAUUGACCUUGGUGGGCAGGUCUGCACUGAGAGGAGUGCUAAGCGUGAAGGAGCCACCGAAGUACCCUUGCUGGGACGACCCUGACUACUGCAAGUGGAAGGAUAAGGAACGGGAGAUUUUAAACGACAUCGAGCCCGUCGUUUUGCUGGCCAAGGAGAUUCUGCACUCUGAUAGGUAUAUGGAUGGUGAGCGGCUGACGGAGGAAGAUGAAAAGGUUGUGGUGGAAAGGCUUCUUGCUCAUCAUCCACACUCAGAGGAUAAAAUUGGCUGCGCAAUUGAUUCUAUCAUGGUUGAUCAGCAUCCCCAAUUUAAACGCUCGAGGUGCCUAUUUGUCAUAAGAACUGAUGGUGUAUGGAUAGACUUCUCCUACCAGAAGUGUCUCCGAGCAUAUAUCCGAGAUAAGUACCCAUCCCAUGCAGAUAGAUUCAUUCAGGAACAUUUUAAACGUGGUAGUGGCUAAUGUGCAUUACUCCUUCCUAACGCUUGUAUUGGGGCUUAAUUUUGCUUUGGUAGUUACAGAUGCGUAUGAAAUGAUAUUCAAAUUAUCCCUUGGAAGGGGAAUGUCUUUUCGUUUUCAGAUCUUCAGUGACCCACAUAUAACCUAGAGUUACAAAUUGUCAAUGUAGUAGAUAAUCCUUGACUGAAACUCACAUGUAUCUUUAAGAAUGACAACUAAGAAAAUGAUUGAAGUUGACUUCA